AUGCGUUCUCUAACCGCUGUCCAUGGGGUGGAUCCCUUGCCGGACCUCGGCGUAACAUCUGGAAUACCAAGUGACGAUAAUCCCGAUGCCGACAUGGCUGGAGCGCAGGACACAAUUUAUCUGUGCAAUUUUCGCGUCUCAGUCGAUGGAGAGUGGCUUUGCUUAAAAGAAUUGCACGAUAUGGAAAUGCAAGAUUCGUUUACUCGGCAAUCUGAUAACGGUGCAAUAACAUCGCCCGACGAUCCGAUGCAUUCUUUAAUGGGUAAUAUUGCGUAGUUGAAUGUAGAGAUUUUAUAUUUCAGAAGAUUGCAGAAACAGAUGGGAGAUACGAAAGUUACAUUUAUACAAUUAAAAAUGUUUUUCGUAGCUCGCGACCCCGUAGUGAUAGAACGCAGUAAUCUCGUGAACAUCUCGAAACUGAUCGUGAAGGAGUUGAUUGAGCAAUCUCUUCGUUAUGGCCGGAUGCUCGACAGCGACCACUUGCCGUUACAUCAUUUCUUUAUUGUUCUCGAGCAUGUCAUGCGACAUGGACUUAAACCAAAAAAGGGUUUACUCGGUCCGAAAAAGGAGUUAUGGGAUAUUCUUCAAAUGGUGGAGAAAUAUUCGCCCGAGGCAGCUGAUAUAACAGCCAGUAUCAGAGAUUUGCCGACUGUCAAGACGGCUAUGGGGCGCGCUCGGGCAUGGCUACGAUUAGCACUUAUGCAAAAGAGACUGGCAGACUACCUCAGAAUUUUACUAGAACAUCGCGAAGAAACUCUUGAAGAAUAUUUCGAACCGCACGCCUUGAUGUUAAAUGAGGAAGCCGUGAUUAUUACUGGAUUGCUAGUUGGCCUGAAUGUUGUCGACUGCAAUUUAUGUGUGAAGGAAGAAGAUUUAGACAGUCAACAGGGAGUAAUCGAUUUUUCUCUAUAUCUCCGAGGCAGUAACUCUUCAAACGAUCUAUCUGGUAAUGGCAACGGUAACAAUGAACCGAAGCAACGUCACAUCAACACAAUGUUGGACCAGAAGAACUACAUCGAAGAACUGAACAGACACCUCAAUGCCACGGUCGCAAAUCUUCAGUCAAAAGUGGAAAGUUUGACCACAACUAAUGCUUUGAUGAAGGAGGACUUGGCAAUUGCCAAGAACACGAUGAUUCAGCUUGUCGAAGAAAACAAUCAAUUGAAACACGCUCUAGGUCAGGACAUUACCAAAGAUAGCAGGAUGAAAGUGAUGGACUUGCAAGAUGAGGAGGAUAAAAAAAGUGUUAAGAGUAACGCUUCGGACAAAUAUAAGAAUGACAAGGAUUCAGAAAUGGGUAAGGUUUUGGAGGAAGAGAGAAAGAAAAACGUGGAGCUACAGAAAGAACUUGACUUGCAGAUAUCCUUGAAAGCGGAAAUGGAGGUCGCUAUGAAGUUGCUCGAAAAAGAUAUUCACGACAAGCAAGACACAAUUAUAUCGCUAAGGCGACAAUUAGACGAUAUUAAGUUAAUCAACUUGGAAAUGUAUAAGAAGUUACAGGAAUGUGAAAGUUCCUUGAAACAUAAAACAGAACUAAUUGCCAAAUUGGAAGCAAAGACUGAGUCAAUGGGCAGCACGAUACAUCAGCUCGAUGAGAAAUUACAGGAAGAUAAAACGGCACGGAAAAAUCUAGAAGAAAGUUCUAGAUGUCUCGGUCAGAAGACUGCAGCUGCUGAAAGUAGAGCCGUCGCUGCAGAAAGCGAUCUCAGGAUUGAAAGAGAAUGGAGAAUAUCUUUACAGGAGUCUAUGAUGAGGGAUCGAGACAAAAUAUCUAUUCUAACGCAGGAAGUGGAAUCUCUUAAAUCAAUAGGACAGAAAUAUAUUGCACUACAAGAAGAACAGCACCAACUAAAAAUCCAGUAUAACGAAGCCCAAAAGACCCUAGAAGAAGUGGGUGCAACGCUUAGCGAAAAUAAAUUGCAACUUGCGGAAUUAUUAGAAAAAGAGGCGAGGACGUCAGACGAGACUCCCAACUGGACAAGCGAUAAGGACGCUGUAGCUUGUGCAGCUUGUGCCAAGGAAUUUACUAUUGCAAGGAGAAAGCAUCAUUGCAGAAGAUGUGGCCAUAUUUUCUGCGGAGCGUGUAGCGAGAAAACUGUAGCAUUAGCUGGCAACACAAAGCCAGUUCGAGUGUGUGACGCUUGCUUUACAGAAGUUAGACUUACGUAACAAUAAAUAAAAUAUAUCCAAGACUGAUGACGUUUUAACUACGUUUAUUAAA